AUGACGCGUGAACGCCUGUACGCCGCUGGGCGAAGCGUUCUACUGCCUGUUGGUGGAUUUUUCAGUGGGUGGCUGACGUACCGCGUCGUUGAAGACAAGGGACUUAUUGACGAGCGCUACCUUCGGCGGAUUCACGCGGCGAAUUUAAAGGCACAGUUGUACAUGCAACAGCACAUACUCCCCACAGCAUUUUGUGAAAAGUACUGCUAUCAGGAGGAGUUCUUGAAAACUAUGAUUGAGCGUCUUUCUACGGAUGCCGGUGACGAUGCAGAUGAGCGUUGGACUUUUGAGGAGGUUUUGAAGCAGUGCGAUGUGCCUGAGCAGAUGGCAUGGCUUGAAGAGCACGUCUCGUACGACAUCCCCUACUUUUACAUUGCCGAUCUCUUCAAUAGCUGGAGCAAUCUGCAUCGGUAUUUUUUUAUAGCGGGGGAAGAAAAGCAUAGAGCGGGAGAUGAGGAGGCACCGCGUCGUGGUGUUGGUGACGAAUUUGCUUCAGAGGUGUUGUGCAACGGCGUGGUGACGAAAACGAUGAAUGGGGUAUUUCCCUACGACGUCGCAGUGCGGACGCUCUGUGUUCUCGCAAGAGGAAGCAACGUCAACGCGCAGGUGCUCUCGAAGCUGAUCUCCCCGGGAGAUAUUCUGGAGCGGUACGAGGCUUAUGUGGAGGACCUUGGGCAGAGAGGUAAAUUGUCAGGCGAUGCGAUCCCGGUGGAUGAAGUCGCUGCGGCCACGCUAGAGUUGUUGCGUGCGUUAAACGCGGCCUCGGUGCACCAGCGGUGGUUCCCCCUCUGGGGUCGCGCUUCGACAGGGCCGUACCCUGUCGCGGCGCUGCUAGACAGGGAUCGGUGGUGCAGGUGUUUCGGUGGGCUACCUGCGGGCGUUGCGGGUAUCUGCACCGACAGCACGCUUGUUCUCGCAGAUAUUCUUUCGGAGCGCUUUAACUGUGGUGGGGAGGCGGAAGCAGCAGCAACAGGCGGGGAGGCUGCGUUGGGAAGGUGA